GUGAAUGAACUAGUAGCAGCCGGUGUUGUACUGUAACUUGCUGCAAGAGGCGGCUGCGAGCGGACCACGUUGCAACAUGAAGUAUAUCAUAGGGAUCGGAGGUGUGACCAACGGUGGGAAAACCACUCUAACGAAUAGAAUUAGUCAAAUGUUACCAAACUGCUGUGUCGUACAUCAAGACGACUUUUACAAGACACCAGAUCAAAUAGAAGUUGGGGAAGAUGGAUUUAAACAAUGGGAUGUGAUCACAGCCCUCGACAUGGAGGCAAUGAUGAGUACUGUCAACGCCUGGAUUGACAACCCAGUAAAGUUUGCCCGAUCGCAUGGAGUGAACGUCACUCCAGCCUCCGAUGAGCAGAGCGAUCCAGAGAAAGGAGUGCAGAUAUUGAUAGUGGAAGGGUUCCUGUUGUAUAACUACAGGCCUUUGGUUUCAAUAUUUAAUCGACGUUACUACUUGUCCCUUUCAUAUGAAGAAUGCAAGAGGAGGAGGAGUACAAGGAAUUAUACAGUUCCUGAUCCACCUGGUUUGUUUGAUGGACAUGUGUGGCCAAUGUAUCUAAAGCACAGGAAAGAGAUGGAGGCCAACAAUGUUGAUGUUGUGUAUCUGAAUGGUUUGAAGUCCAAGGAUGAAAUCUAUCUACAAGUGUAUGAAGACAUUCAAAAUCUGAUCCUGAAUUCCUAGGGACUGUUGUACUGAAGACUUGUGUGAAGAUCAAGUUCAAGUUGUAAAUAGUCAGUUGUCUCUGAGACUUUUGUCCACUUAGAUUAUUUUAUGUAUAUAGAUUGGAUGUGGUUUAAGUUAUUUCAAUCUGCCUAUGAUGGCAGUUUAUAUUUUUGAUGCUUUGUGAACUUUAAAAAAAUUUUUUUAUUUGGAUCAUUUCUGUAACUUCAAUCCUAUAUAAUUGUGAAUAUUGUAAGCUGAUACCUAAAAUAUUGAAUUUGAGUAUUGAAUGUUGUACUUGCCCACUUUUGUAACUAUUGUAUUCCUAUCUGCUUCUCUACAGUCUUUGACUACCUGAAAUUGCAAUAACUUGGCAAAGCCCCAUCUUUAAGUGAUGUUCAAUGAGGUUCUUCUUAGGAACUACUGGUCCAAUUUUUUUCCUUUCUUGCAUUUCUUGCAAGACUCCUUUGGGCCCGGCACAAAUAUUGCAUAAAGUGAUGGGGACUACAUUUGGGGUAAUUUCUGGUAUGGAAGUUUGUGUUGGAAGUGAUAUUGCUCCAGUCUUCACUGGAGUUGAGCUUGUCCUGCACCUGUUGCUAGAUGUUAAUUGUAUGGUGUGGGUGGGGAAUCUAUUGGUUUAUCUCCCAUUCUGUGGUAAAUCUGCAGUAGAGUUAUGUUUUAAUAGUUCACUGUUUAAUCACUCAACACUUGGUGAACAUUUCAAAUGUUAAGCUGGGGCUAAUGACAGCACUCCCCUUAAAUUUUACAUUAUUACUAUUGUGACAUAUAGAGAUAUAGUGGAACAGGAUAAUGUUGCAUGUCCCAAAAUUGCCAAAAAGUUGGGUUUUGUAACUUGCAUUAAAGGAAGAUUUUUAUAUAUAACAAAAAGACAAGGAUCAAAAAGUUUUAAUUUAGCCAGUUAUGCCUGAGUGCAUUACAUAACUGCCAUUGCAUUCCUAGGCUUGACUCCAAAGUCAAGCCUAAGAAUGCAAUGAUGUCUAGUGUAACAAAGGCUGAGGUUUAGAUACCAGUUGAGUACCCAUGGAAUAUACACACCUUCCUGCAGAGGAAAUAAAGGGAAGCCUGGUUGAUUUUGAAUAUAGCCGUGUUAAUUUUCAGAUCAUGUUGGUCUUCUAUUUCAGUGAGUAACCUCAAUGUGACAGUAAAAUUGUCAAACCUACUCUAGCUAUUUAAUGCAAAAUAAGAAGAGCUUUUACUAUUCAAUGUGCAGGCCCACUAGUGUAAAUCCUCAGGUAGGAACUUUUAUAGAUACACAGGGCUUCAAUUAAUGUUUUAGAACUAACUUUUUUUGCCUGUUAGAUGCAUUUCUAUACAUUCAGUUCCUUAUUUUCAAGUCAUUAGAACCUUAAGUAUUGCUUAUCUGAAUUAUCUGUUGUCCCUUAUUCAGUCAUGUAUUCCUAUUGCACAUCUAUCCCCCUUGUGUUUCUUUCUCCUGCAACUCUCCAUCAGUGUUCUCAUUCCUCUAGAUUCAAUCAUUUACCUUCUGUCUGCUUUAAAAUAAAGGUCUUUUGCUAA